AUAACUUUUCCUUGGCCCAUCUCCCUCCAUCCUACUUAUCUAUAAAUACAUGGUGCUUUGUGCACAAUUUGUGUGUAUAUGCGAAAGAAAGAGAAUCUCCAUAUGUAAAAGAACAGUAAUCUGUGCUUUGUGCUCAGUUUGUGUGUAUGUGAAAGAGAGAGGGGAUAAAGCUGCUCAGAAUAUCGAGAGAGAACCAUGGACCAAAGGUUGUUGAAUGCAUGCAGAAGUGGGGAUUAUGAUGCUUGGAGGGCACUAAUUGAGCAGGAUGAGAGCAUGCUAGAUGGUGUAACAGCGGUAACUCUUGAAACCCCACUUCAUUUGGUUUUCAGGCACGGGCAUGUGGAAAUGGCAAAGGAAAUCCUCAACCUAAGACCACUCAUGGCAUUUCCAGAGAACUACCAAGGCCUCUCCCCAAUGCACAUUGCUGUUGCAUAUAGACAACCUCGAAUUGUAGAAGCAUUUCUUUGCAGCGACACUCAGUUCUUGUUUUUCCAGAGAGAUAGAGAUGGUCGGAACCCCGUCCAUCACAUGGCCAUGAGGGGGUAUGAGGACAUGUUGUUUGCGGUCCUCCAGUCAUGCCCUGAGUUGGCGGAGAGCCUCACGGAUCGGCACGAGAACAUUCUCGAUCUGUGCCUCAAAUAUCACCAUAAGGAGAUGAAGAUCAAGUUGAUCGAAGAAUUUGGUGUUGUGCGCGAUCAAAGAGAUGACCAUGGCAACACUGUUUUGAGCCUUGAGACUGCUGCUUCGAGACCUGAGGAGAAAGUAACAGGGAGAGGUUACACAGACACAAAAGAAAAGCUGUUACACAAACGUUUAAACACCGUCAUGUUGGUGGCAACGCUAAUUGCAGCUUGCACAUUCCAAGCAUUGAUGAAUCCUCCUGGAAACCAAGAGGUGGAUAACUUUGAAGAUUCAUGGGACGAUUGGCAGCAUCAUGCAUUCAUGCUAUGUGAUACUAUUGGGCUGAUGACAUCCUUACUCAUCAUCUUGUUGAUAAUGUGUGUGAAACCAGACCGACUCAAGCUAUUAAUGAGAGUGCAGUUUUUCAUAAUGUGGAUCUCCGUCUUCUUCAUGGCCCAUGCUGCCUUUUUUUCCUUGGUGCUAUCCAAGUACAGUAGUUUUCGAGAUGAGAUGUUUGUUCUUGCCGUUAUGGUCUUUACAGCAAUGAAUGCAGUCGCUAUAAUAAUACUGUUUGUGAACUUCACCAGGAAGAUGUGGAGUAAGGGUGGAAGAGUGAUGAGAAUAAUGGUGGUCUUCCUUUGGGCCCUUGUCUACCUACCACUCUCUACCAUCCUCUACUUGAAUUUCGUGUUCGUCCCCAUUGCCCACAAAAUGAUUGACUUCAAGUGUGCCUUCUGUAGUAAACCAUGGACUUAUGUUCUCAUAUUUGUGCUGAUUGCUAACAUAGGAGUUGUUAUGUUAGUUUGGUUUGCAUAUUUCAUCUUCUGUAGUGUGGGAAACAGAAUGAGAAAGGCGCCCUCCAUUACUCCAAACAACGAGAAAUACGGUUCUUCAGAUGUUGAGUCCGGCGGUCACCUUCAUCCAACCUAGCCACCUCUGUUCUGCCUUCUUUCGCUUUUAUGUAUCUACUGUUUGGUUAUUGAGUGCAUAUUCAUAUUAGUAUUGGGUUAGUGAGUAGAUAUCUAUGUAAUGAAUAUAUGUGUAUUUACUGUUGGGUUUGUGAGUGGAUAUCUAUAUAAAUGAA